AUGUCGGAGUCUUUGAAGGAAUAUCUAAAGCGCUACGAAAGCAACAAUGAACAAGAGAAGAAGAAGAACAAGAAGAAGAAGAAAAAGAACACUAAGCCAGAAGCAGCGACAGGCGUUUCCGUUGUGGACGAAGAUCCUGUGUGGGCAAAACCUGUAAAACUCGAGGAGGAAGAAGACGAUGAUUCUCCUGAUGAGAAACCUCAAGUUGAUGAAGACAUAGAAGUCAAACGACUAAAGAGGCUUGAGCAAGUUAGAGCUAGGCGUCCGUUUAAUUCCAUAGCUGAGGAUGGAAGCGGUUGGGUAUCGUUUGAUAAGCCGUCUUCACGUCGUAGGAAUGACACACCUUCUCCUGAACCUGAACCUGAACCUAGAAGCAGAGAAAGUGAAGAUAUGUCCCCUCCACGGCGGCAAGUGAAUCGUGACAAUGCUUCUUUGGAUUCUGAUAUGUCACCGCCUCGUAAGCAGAGAGCAAGGAGUGAUGUGGAAGAUGAAGAUUUUUCUCCGCCUCGUAGGCCAAGAGCUCGAGCUCGAUAUGACACGCCUUCCCCAGAACCUGAUGAAUCAAGGGCUUCUCGCAACAAUGUCGAUCUUUCACCCCCAAGGAGGAAAAGGAAUGAUGUUAUUCCUUCAGGUUCUAGGGAUCCAACACGUGCAACCGCUGAUGGAAAUUCAUUGAAUGAAGAUCUUUCUCCACCGAGGAAGAAAAAGGCCAACCCAUCUGGUCCAGCUGCUUCAAAGGAACAGCCGAGAACUGGUCUGGUCAGUGGCCGUGAUAUCAGCGAAGAGAUUUCUAGAAAGAAGAAGGAUGACAUGCUAAGGUUUCAAGAAAUGAAUGCUGAUAUGAGUGGGAAAGGAGCAGAGCCUGUUUAUCGUGGCAAAAAAGGAGAGCGCAUAUCAAAGGAUGAGUACUUGAAAUCAAAAGAAAAGAAAGUUGAAAAGCCGAAGGAGAUACACAUAGAGUGGGGUAAGGGAUUGGCUCAAAAGCGUGAAGCUGAAGCCAAGCUGGUGGAAUUGGAACUUGAGAAGGAGAAGCCAUUUGCCAGGACAAGAGAUGAUCCUCAACUUGAUAAGAUGCUUAAGGAGCGGCCGAGAUGGGGUGAUCCAAUGGCGCAUUUGGUCAAGAACAAGCAAUAUGAACCAGAUGUUUCCGACCUGGGAGAUGAUGAUAAAAUGAAGGCAUCUGGAUUUAUUAUCCCACAGGGAAUCCCUAAUCAUAGUUGGUUAAAGAGAGGUUUACCUGCUGCUCCAAAUAGAUAUGGCAUAAAACCUGGAAGACAUUGGGAUGGUGUUGAUCGUAGUAGCGGUUAUGAGAAAGAAUUGUUCAAAAGAACAAAUGAUAAGCAAGCAACGGAGCGUGAAGCUUACUUGUGGUCUGUAGCUGAUAUGUAA